UCAGUGAGAGUGGUACAGUGCCUCCCUUGUCCUCUUUUGUCCUCUUUGUCCUCUUCCCCCGUGUGAGUAAGAGGCGGAGGAGUGGAGGAAACGGAGGGAGAGUUGGAGGGAGUUCUGACGUUUUAGGAGGAGGAGGAGAACUUGAGAGUGGAGAGAAAAGAGAGAGGAGUGGUGGCUUGCUUUCAUUCUCUCUCUUUCUCCUUUUAUCUCCUUCUCUCUUUCUUCCUCGUGAGUGAAGGACUUGAAGGAGGCGUGUGGAGGUCCUUAGCAAACCUCGAAGGAGCGCUGAAGGAUCCCUGUCAAGAGUGAAGGAAGGAAAGGAAGGAAUUCACGCGUCUUGCCUUCCUCAAACUUGAAACUUCGCGAGAUUUUGGAAAGGAGACCAAGAGAGUUUCGGUGAGCAAAAAUUUGAAGAGCAAGUAUUGAAAGCAAGAUUCUGAAGAGCAAGUUUGGCUGAGCAAGAAAGUUUCGUUGAGCAAAAUUCAAUUGGUGAGAUUCGAAGAGCAAGAGUUAAAAGCAAGAUUCUGAAGAGCAAGAUUUGGACGUGAAAGAUUCAGACAGCAAGACCAACAUAGCGAUUUCUGAAGAGCGGAAAUUAGAAUACGAGUUUGAGAGCAAGAUUGACAGAGCAAGACCAAAUUUUCAAGAGCAAGAUUCGUGUAGCAAGACUGGAAAAGGAAGACUGAUUGAGUAAGAUUGAGCAAGGAAGAUUUUUGAAGACCAAGAAAUUCUAAGGGUGAAACUCGAAGCAAAGAAGAAGGAAGAGGAAGAGGAAGAGGAGGCAGCAGGUCACCUUCGACACCUCAGCCUCCAAGCAGGUCACUCUUGAAGAGAUAUCGCCUUGACCAGAAGUGAAAAAUGCCCUUCAGACUGAACCCCAGCAGGAUGUUCAAUGCCGUGGCUAUUGUGUCCGCCCUCCACCUGCUGUCCGAGGGUCACCCCACGGAGUCCACGACACAUCUCACCCUGGACGUUAGUGUGAGCGGGAUCGGCGCCCCUACCGAAGCCUCGCAAGGGGAUGAGGUCAUUGCUUCCCUCCCGGCUUGUGACAACGGCAAAGGUGUAGUGCGUUACGAGAGGCUUCCCAACACUGUGGUAGAAGGCAACCCCAUUCAGGAAGAUGUGGUUCGCCUCAAGACUCCCUCCUCCGCCGACGUGCUGAACCAAUGCGUGGGUCGGUGUCUGCAGGACGAGACGGCGCUGGGCUUCCGGAGUCAGUGCACGAUGUUCGAUUACUACCCCGGACGGCGGAUCAACACUUACAGCACCGCAGACAACCGCUUCACCGAGACCAAGUGCCGGCUCUCCCGCCUGCCUAAUCAGUUCGCCAAGAUUGACUACAGAGAUGACCCCGUUAGCAUCCACUUCAGGGAGGUCUGCUUUUCGGCCUCGGUGGUGAAGGCGGAGUGCCCCUCGAGCCUCUACGUGAUGGAGCGUCUCAGAAAAAUGAAGUUCGAGGCCUCGGACCUACUCGAAGUGCCGGCCCGGACCAUUGAGGAGUGUGAGGACAAGUGUCUCAGCCAGUACUCAGACGACCCACACAACACCGAUAGGACGUGCAGGAGCGGCCACUUCGACUCCCGCCGCCGUCUCUGCUACCACUCCGGCUUCACGCGGCGCACCCACCCCAAGCUGCUCACGGCGGACGAUGAUUUUGACUACUUCGAGAACACGUGCCUGACUAAGGACCGCCGGUGCCCCAAGAACAAGCUUUUCUUCAUGAAGGCGGAGGACACGGAGCUCUUCGGCGCCUACGACAAGGAGAUGCACCAGGACCUUACGCUGUACGAGUGCGCCGACAAGUGCCUCGACAGCGUGAACAUCUUCUGCAGGAGCUUCGUGUAUGAGCCUUUCACCCGACGAUGCGAACUCAGCGGCGAGGACAGAAUCAGCAAGCCCAAGUUGGUCCGAAACUCGACUUCCAGCCAGAAAACGGAGUACUACGAGCUCUUCUGCAUGAAUGGAGAUAAGGUCCAAGGUAACUAUGUGUUCGAUGACUCUGACACGCAGCAACUCAACCAGCGCCGAUACCGAGACGUGCGAACCGCCUUCCAGAUGUACCGUAACACCCGCCUCGACCUCGGCUCAGGGUUCCGCCAGUUCAAGGACGUCCCUGGCAGACUCACAUUGGCGGAGUGUCUGGACGCGUGUUUAGAAGAGACGGCCUUUGUGUGUCGCUCCGUCAUGCACUCCGACAAGUACGACUCCUGCAAGCUGGCGAAGUACGACAGGCUCAACGGCCAGCCUGUCUACGACGCCGACUACAGCUACUUCGAGAACCUGAUGGAGAACCUGGUGGCGGAGAGGCAACUGACUGCCGGAUCAGCGGACGUCGCCGUCACCGAAGCGCGCGGAGGAACCAACGACACGGAGCCCCCCACAUCCUUACUGGGGGAGGAGGAGGGGCGGAGGGAGGAGGAGGAGGGUGGAAGAGGCCCCUCCAUCCCCUCCACCAGCACCAACCACCGGGGACCUUCACAUCUCUUCCCUAACGACGAGCGAAGCGGAGGACCCAACGACCGCUUCUUCGCCGGACGAGGAGGCGGCGUAGGAGGCGUCGGAGGAGGCGUAGGACCCGUCGGAGGAGGCACCACGGAUAGAUUCGGUUCAGGAAGAGUCAAUGACCGCUUUGGAGGGCCAGGAACAGCAGGAGGGGCAGCAGGAGGCGCGGCAGGAGGGCCAGGAACAGGGCCAUUUGGAAUUGACAGAACUGAUGACCGGGCCUUUGACAGAGCGCCAGGUGUGCCCUUCGGAGGCACCUUCAACGACCGAUUCCGCCCAUCCACCGCCCUUGAGGAACGCCCCCCUGGACGCUUCUUCCCCGCCAACGACAGGGAGGUGGCAGGGGACCGCGCCGCCGUCAGUAGGAGCUUCGGCAGGCAGAAUCCCGUCGGCGGAGGCAUCCUAGGCACUCCCGGAGACCUUGUGCCCGCCGGAGAAGGUAACAGCAUCACAGGAACCAACCAGGGUCUCACGGGCGGCAGGAACCCACCCGCGCCCUUCCCCGGAGGACCCAUCGGGGGAGGAGUGGGCGGAGGGACUGGGAGCUUCGGCGGGGGGCUGGGAGGAGCGGGCGGUGGGUUUGGUGGCGGCCCUGGACUUGGUGGUUUUGGUGGAUCAGGGGGCGGCUUUGGUGGAGCAGGAGGUGGAGGUUUUGGGGGUUCAGGAGGUGGGUUUGGGGGAGGUGGGUUCGGCGGAGUGGGUUCCUCGAGGUGCCAGGACUCGGAGAACUUCGAACCCGUGGGCACGAGGCUGAGGCUGCGGGCGACCUAUAUCCGGGACUUCGAGACGGUGGACAGCCUGAGCGAGUGCAAGAGAAAGUGCUUGAGCGAGCGGACGUACACCUGUCUCAGCUUUAAUUACAGGUACGGCACGACCAGGGACAAUUGUGAGCUGUCAGACGAAAGCACGUACACGAUUCUACGCCUCAACAACCCCUCGCACUUUGAGACCGAAGGAAGUUCAGACUACUACGAACGAGGCGCCGGCGGUGAUGGCUCUCGCUGCCUGGACGUCACCCAGCAGUGUUACGAGGACGGGAUGGAGUUCUCGCUGCGCACGGAGGAGCCUUUCAGGGGACGUAUCUACACCUACGGUUACUAUGAUCGCUGUUACACGCGCGGCUCCGGGGGCCUCAACACCGUACUCAAGAUAUCCGGGGCCAGGGGCGUGCCGGACUGCGGAACCAUCAGGUACGGAGACACCACCACCAACAUUGUCGUGGUCCAGUUCGCCGACAACGUGCAGACCGCGAUGGACAAGCGAUACAACCUGACCUGUACCGUGGUAGGACCGGGCGAAGCCGUGGUCACCUCUGGCUACAUCGGCGCCGGCUCAGGCGCGCCAACCCCCAUCGAAUACCUGCCCGCCGAGAACCAGCUUCAGUCCCGUGUGAGGCUUCAGAUCCUGUACAACGGCCGCCCCACCACCACCAUUGCCGUCGGAGACCCGCUCACCUUCCGUCUGGAGAGUCAACGCGGCUUUAACCUCGUCUCGGAUAUCUUCGCGACGGACGUGGUGGCGAAGGACCCGUACUCAGGCCGAAGCGUGGAGCUCAUUGACAGUCGAGGAUGCCCUCUCGACAACUACGUGUUCCCGGCGCUGGGCAAGGGGCGUGACGGGGACGGUUUGGAGGCGAGGUUCAACGCCUUCAAGAUACCCGAGUCCAACUACCUGAUCUUCGAGGCAACCGUCAGGACCUGCAGAAGGGGAUGCCAGCCGGCCCUGUGCUCCAUCGGGUCAGGUCGAGAGGACGUGCCUUCCUACGGGCGGCGGAAGAGGAGGGACGCCGAGGACCCGUCAGGAGGCGAGGAUGACGAUGACGACGACGACGAGGAGGGCCAGGUGCACGGGAUAUACGAGGUCUUCCUCUCCCGCGAAGAAAUCACCGAGGAGGAGGCUGCCGUGGCCCUUCUGGAGGAGAUCUGCGUGGCCCCGGCAGAGUACUACACGCUGGUGGCGGCUCUGGCGGUGACGGUGGUGUGCCUGGUGGGGACCGUCGCGAUGGCUUAUAUGUGCCUGAGGCGCGGCCGGCAUCAGCUUGAGGAGAAGAAUGCCCAAGCAGACGCCGGGAACCCUUACCAGCAGGAGGCCCCCGCUAAGAGCCGCUUCCCCUUCCCCGGCUCCCACGCCCGGACCCUCACCCAACCAGCCAGGCAGGUCUACUUCCCCGGGGGCCCCACAGCCAGCGCGCCCCAGGGGGAGGACGGGGCCGCUACUUCCUCCCGCUUUCCCGACCCUUCUGAGCCCAUCUACACGGACCCAGCGCUCUUUGAAAGGUCGAGCAACGAUGGACCGAAACAGAGACGCUUCGGGGACGGACAGGAGUGUUGACGAGGAGGAAGAGGAAGAGGAGGAGGAGGAAGGAGGAGGAUUAGAAGUGUUGAAAUCAUUUAAUAAGGAAGAGCAGAGAAGGAAGAAGAAGAUUAGGAGGAAGAGGAAGGAUAUUAGUACAGAAAGCUUGUACGAAGAGGAGGAGGAGGAGGAGGAGGAAGAAGAGGAUGGUACAAUCAAGUUAUAAUGAUGGUAAGGAGGAAUUAGAGGAAGAAGGAGGAGGAGGAGGAGGAGGAGUGAUGAUAAUGACGCUAAGGAGGAGGAGGAGGAGGAAGACGAAGAAGAGGAAGAGGAAGAGGAAGAGGAUAAAAAGGAAGAAGGAAAACAAGAAAAAAACAAUGACGGUCUUUUAAAAUUUGUCUUCAGAAAAUAAGAAAAAAUUAAAACAACUAGAAAAUAAAAUGAAUAAAAAAUACAUUAAAAAAAUCAGAAAAUGCCACAAAUGUCUUUUUAAAUGCCGUCAAAUGAGCUUCCAAAAAUAAACAAAAGGAAAGGAAAAUGCUGAAAAAAUAUAGCGAGCCUCCAAGCGGUCAAAUGAGAAACUAUACAUUACUCCAAACGGUCAAAUGAGAAUCCAAAUUACUCCUCGCAGUCAAAUAAGGAACUGAAUCACUCCAAACGGUCAAAUGAGAAACUAUACACUAUUCCAAACGGUCAAAUGAGAAUCCAAAUUACUCCUAGCGGUCAAAUGAGGAACUGAAUCACUCCAAACGGUCAAAUGAGGAACCAAAUCACUCGGAAAACGGUCAAAUCUACACCUCAUUAGCCUCAUACAGUCAAAUCAGCUCCAAAAAAAACAAAAACGUAACGAAAAAUUGAAAAAAAUACCACAAACAUCACUUUUUUUCUUCUCUUUUCUGAUGUAAUAUUUUAAGUAAUAGUUUUUAAGGGCCUCGUAAUCUUUAAGGAAUAUCUCUUUUUGUAUCGCCAAAGAUUAGAAAAGGCGGGAAAUUUGAAUUCUUGGGCGGCGUUCAAAUGGCCACUGAGAGAGAGAGAGAGAGAGAGAGAGAGAGCGUAAAUAACCUUCCCAAACUACCAUCAAUAUCACAUCUCCUCAGUCGUAAUUUGAACUCCCCCCGACGGUCUAAUUUUCCCCUAA